GACGCUUGCUGGAAAAGCGCGCGGCGGCGCGGAGGUUCGGAGCGGGCGGCCGGGUGCCAUGGAGGACCGAGGGCGCGCGGCGGGCGGCGCCGGGGACGAUUUCCUCAGCCAGUUCGCGGCCGAGCUCGAGGUGCUGGCCGAGCUGGAAGGGACGGCGGCCCCGUACCUCCCCGCGGGCGCUCGGCCCCUGCCGGCGCUCCACGAGGCCGCUGCUGGAGGGGACGCCGGCGCUCCCCGCUCUCCUGACGGACAUCCGGGGACACGCGAGGGCGUAGCCACCAAAAGGCCGCUGGACCCCCACGUCGGGCCGGUCGGGCCCCUGCCCCCCAGUACUUCCACAGGGGACCCCGGCGCAGGGUGGGGUGUGGGGCUGCGGCCGUGCCUCCCUUCCUCCCGUGUCUCCCCAGCCCCCCGAGUCAAGCGGCCCAGGCUGGAGGCUGUCAAGAGGCUGAACUUUGGGCCUGAAGACUCGGAAGAGCCGCUCCUUCCCGACUCCCCCCCUGGGGGCAUCACACCCCCGCUGAGUCCCGAGGCCCCCCACGAGCUGUGGGGUGACGGGCUCCCAGACGCGGGGGUCACACGGGCCUCCCCAGCCACCCGCGGUGCCGUUCUGAGGCGGCCCCCAGUCCUGGAGGACUAUGUCAGCGUGACCUCCACGGGAGGCAGCCGGGCGUUUCUGGUGCUGGGGGCCGACCCCACGGGCACUGGGGUGCAGAGCCCUCUCCUUAGCUUUGACGUCCGGUGGCGCUGCCGUGGCCAGCUAGACCUGCUGGGUGUGUCCUUCGCCUCCCUCAAGGAGCAGGUGGACAGCGAGCGGCGGCAGCGACUGUUUGAGGAUGCCCAGCGGCUCUCAGACACGCUGAACAGCCUCAGAGAGGAGGAGGCUCAGCCCCUGCGGACCCCCGAGGGGGAGCCGGUUGACAGCCAAGACGCGUCCCAGCACUGCCUCUGGGUGGACACGUUCGCACCCCGGCGCUACACGGAGCUGCUCAGUGAUGACUUCACUAACCGCUGCCUCCUCAAGUGGCUGAAGCUGUGGGACCCAGUGGUGUUCGGCAGAGAGAGGCCCGCCCGGAAGCCCAGGCCCAGUGUGGAGCCAGCCUGGGUUGGCAAGGAGGCCACAGCCUCCAGCAGGUGGAAGAGCCACCAGCAAGCGCUGGAGGACAUGCUGGAGGCCGAGCCGGACCCGAGCCAGCGGCCCCGGCAGAAGGUGGCACUGCUGUGUGGCCCCCCUGGGCUGGGCAAGACCACGCUGGCCCAUGUGAUUGCACGGCACGCUGGGUACUCCGUAGUGGAGAUGAACGCGAGUGACGACCGCAGCCCUGAGGCCUUCCGCAUGCGCAUCGAGGCAGCCACGCAGAUGGAGUCGGUGCUGGGUGCUGGCGGGACUCCCAACUGCCUGGUCAUUGAUGAAAUUGACGGAGCCCCCAUGGCUGCUGUCAACAUUCUCCUGGGCAUCCUGGACCGGAAGGGCCCGCAGGAGGCAGAGCCAGGGGGUCUGGCUGUGCCCACAGGCGUGGGUCGGCGGCGCUGGGCAGAGGGGGUGCUCCUGAUGAGGCCUAUCGUCUGCAUCUGCAACGACCCGUUCGUGCCCUCCCUGCGGCAUCUGAAGCAACAGGCCUUUCUGCUCCACUUUCCGCCCACCCUGCCAUCAAGGCUCCUGCAGCGGCUCCAGGAGCAGAUCUGCCUGCGGCAGGGCAUGCAGGCUGACCCGGGUGCACUGGCAGCCCUCUGUGAGAAGACGCACAAUGACAUCCGGGCCUGUGUCAACACCCUGCAGUUCCUUCACGGGCAGGGCCAGCGGGAGCUGAGUGUGCAGGCUGUGCAGACCACGCACAUUGGCCUCAAGGACCAGCGCAAGGGACUCUUCUCCGUGUGGCAGGAAGUGUUCCAGCUGCCGCGGACCCAGAGGCAGCGUGGCGGCCCAGACCCAGCCCUGCUGUUCCCCACGUUCCUGCUCAGUGGCGGGCCCAUGGGUGGGGGCCCGCGGGCCGCGGAGCGGCCCCUGACCUUGACUUCACAGCGCCUCUACCGCAUUCUGUACGUGGCUGCCUCCGCAGGGGAGCAUGAGAAGGUGGUCCAGGGCCUGUUUGACAACUUCCUGCGCCUGCGGCUACGGGACUCCAGCCUCGGCACUGUGUGCACGGCCCUUGACUGGCUGGCCUUCGACGACAUGCUGGGCCGGGCCGCCCACCGUGGCCAGAGCUUUCAGCUGCUGCGCUACCUGCCCUUCCUGCCUGCCGCCUUCCACCUGCUCUUCGCCUCCAGCCGCACGCCGAGAGUCGUCUUCCCCAGCAGCCAGCAGGAGGCCCAGAGCCGGACCAGUCGGAUGCAGAACCUGAUCCAGACGCUGGUGUCGGGCAUUGCACCGGCCACCCGCAGCUGGGCUGCACCCCAGGCCCUGGUCCUGGACACGCUCUGCCUGCUUCUGGACAUCCUGACGCCCAAGCUGCGGCCUGUGAGCACUCAGCUGUUCAGUGCCCGCGAGAAGCAGCAGCUGGCCAGCCUGGUGGGCACCAUGCUUGCUUACAGCCUCACCUACCGCCAGGAGCGCACGCCCGAUGGGCUGUAUGUCUACAGGCUUGAGCCGAAUGUGGAGGAGCUCUGUCGCUUCCCUGAGCUGCCCACCCGCAAGCCCCUCACCUACCAGGCCCAGCAGCUCAUCGCCCACGAGAUCGAAAUGGAGAAGAUGCGGCGGGCAGAAGCCCGGGCUGUGGGCAGCCCCCAGCAGGUGGAUGAGGGGCCUCUGGGGAACGAGGGUCUGCAUGGGGUUGCUGAGGAGGAAGGACUGCAGUCACCUACCCUGUGUAGCCACAAGCAGCGGCUGGAGCGCAUUGUGAAGAGAGUGGGCGUGGAGGAGCAGCCCGAGAGGGAUUUCUUCGGUCGCGUGGUUGUCAGGAGAGCAGCAACCCUGAGCGCAGAGGACGCAACCCCCGAGUUCGACACGGCUGAGCAGCGCAUGGGCACGGCGGUGGGCCGGAGUGACGUCUGGUUCCGCUUCAAGGAGGGCGUCUCCAACGCCGUCAGGCGCGGCCUGUACAUCAGGGACCUGCUGUAGCCGGGGCUGCACCGGCACCGGGAUCUGCUGGACCCGUCCACACGGGACGCCCUGAUCCUCGCCGGAUGCCCCGGGGCCCACACCUGAUGCCGCUCGCUGUCCACUAGGAACACACCACAGCACCGCGCCUGUGAACAAUCUUUAUAAAAGCCACACCUUCACAGAGUCGUCCUGAGAGCUGGUGUGAGGCGGGGCGGGCCUCAGAGGAUAGCACACUUGCCCUUCUCCACCCAUGGGUUGUUCUUCAUCAGGUCGGGGUUCAGGAAGGGGUCCUUGGGGAUCCCGUCCUCGAUCCACUUGAUGAGCCUGUGGGUGUCGGGGGGAGUGGGCAGGUGGGCAGCCAGUCCCCAGAAGUGCCCAGUGGCAAUGUGUGGGUGUGGCCUCGGCUCAUGCAAAUGUGCAGAGGCAUGGAAACGAGAUGCAAGCCGGCUGAGGGUGGGGCGGGGCUCCUGGGGUCCUGGGGACUCACUCUGGGAUGGUCUUGGACGACAUCUCCCUAUUGAAGGCCAGCUGGUG